UUGUAUCACAUUUCUCACAAACACACUCAAACAUAAGAAAAAAAGAAGUCGAGAAUGAAAUUUGCUUUGAACGUACCAAUGAUUUUUAUUGUGUUUUUCUUUUUGUUUCAAAGCUCACAUAGUUCUAAUUUUAUCUCUAAAUCUUGCAAGGAGGCCUCGAAGAUUAACCCACCAUUAAGCUAUGAUUUUUGUGUUGCAGCCCUUGAAGAAACCUCCUCUAACUUGCAACCACCACCCACCACCCUCGAAGAUCUUGUGGGCAUUUCAGUUCAACUUGCCAAGUCCAACGGAACCAACGUGCUUUCCAUCAUUUCAAAGCUCUUGAAGGACAAAAGUUUUGAUCAAUACACGAAGGGAUGCUUACAAAGUUGCUCUGAUUUUUACUUGCAGUCCCUUAAGUUUUUAGAUGAUGCCAUCGUUGCUUUCAAGUCCAAGAAUUUCUCCCAAGCUGCAGACAUUUUGAGCUAUGCCACCACUCAGUGUGUAAUGUGUGACGACAGUUUCGAGGAAAGGAAAACAAAAUCUCCUUUAAAAACGGAAAACCAAGUCUAUUGGGAACUUGAUAUAAUAUCUCUUACUUUCGUUAACAUGCUUCGUCAACAUCGCAAAGCUUAAAGCAUGUCAUAGAAUCAUAAUAAUAAUAAUAAUACACUCAAUGUUCUAAUCGGAGAAUGUUAUAAAAGUGAGUGUCAUGCUUUUUUUCCAA